GGUCACAGUGCUUCUAUGGGUCACAGUCCCCCCCACCCCCCAGGUUUCGGCACUUACCCCGGUCGGAAGCGAGUCUCCCCCCAACCCACAUCAGUUCCAUUCCCGUGUCCCGUGUGUCGCCGGGACAUUGACCUGGGGGAGCGCGGCCUGGCCGGGCUGUUCCGGAACCCGACGUUGGAGCGAGUCGUGGACCGGUACCGGCAGAACAUCAACGUGGGAACCGCCAUCAUGUGCCAGUUCUGUAAGGAGCAAAGGAUGGAGGCGACCAAGGGCUGCACCGAGUGCAGGGCCAGCUUCUGUAAUGAGUGCUUCAAGCUCUGCCACCCCUGGGGGACACAGAGGGCUCAGCAUGAGCCAACACCGCCCAGCCUCACCUUUAGGGCUAAGGGCCUGCUGUGCCCGGAGCACAAGGAGGAGGUCAGCCAUUACUGUAAGAGCUGCCAGCGCCUCCUGUGCCAGCUCUGCCGCCUGCGCCGCGCUCACAGCAGCCACAAGAUCAGCCCCGUGCUCAGCGCAUACCAGGCACUAAGGGAGAAGCUGACCAAGAGCCUGGCCCAAAUCCUCAGCAGCCAGGACGUGGUGCAGGAUCAGAUCGCGCAGCUGGAGGAGACCAUCCGGCACACGGAGCUGAACGGCGCGCAGGCGCAGCAGGAGGUGCAGGGUUUGAUGCAGGCGCUGGGAGCCGCGUUGGAGGAGAAGCGCGUGGAGCUGCUGCGCCGCAUCGAGGAGCAUCAGCAGGAGCGGCUGGGCCGGCUGCAGCUGCAGCUGCAGGAGCAUCGCAGCAUGUUGGACAGCUCCGGGAUGGUGGGAUACGCGCAGGAGGUGCUGAAAGAGACGGACCAGCCCUGCUUCGUGCAGGCGGCCAAGCAGCUGCACUGCAGGUUAUGGGGGUGCAGGGUAUGGGGGGUGCAG